AUGUCGGCAGCGGUGAUCGGACAGCUUCUGUCGGCAUGCGCCGGGGCUUACUCCGCGGCCUCGUCAGCUUUGUGGUGGGCUGUUUCUUUGCCGGCAACGUGCAGGGAGAGCCUGGCCCACGCGGCCCUCACGUGCAGUGGGGCGACGCCGCGGUACUUUACUCCAGGCUUCGGGCCACUUGCUCUCGCCUGGGGCUGGCUCCUGCUCGGCGUCCUGCUCGGCCUUCUCGGCGGCCGAGCGGCGGCCGCUUUAGUUGCAAUGGCAGGGGGCUACCAGACGAUGCAAGCCACAGGAAGUUGGGAGGCCCUGCUACGCGAGCACUUGGCCCGCACGCGGGACCCACACAGGCAGGCUGUGCUGCAGUACCUGUUGGAGGGCGGCGACGCGGCACUGCACGAAGUGUCAGGGGCAUCAGGGCGCACGCCAGCCGCGUUGAUGGCCCACCUACUCGCCGAUGCAACGGCACCUGUGGCUGCCACCCCGCGCCCUGCCACCGCUGCCGCUCGCCGGCGUGGACCAUCUGGCGAGAAUCCUUCGUCUCGGGCGCGGGCCUUGGCCGCCCUGGCGCAUCUUGGCCUAGACGGCGAUGCGGGUGACGCAACGGCUGGCCAAUCAGACGCCGAGACUGUCUCGGACACCCUGAGCGCCCACACAGCAAUCGCUUCGCCGCUGCACACGCCGCGCAGCUACCUAAGCCUCGCACACAAUCGCGCGCGCCCCACCGCGCCCACACCGGGCGAGACCGAGGACCUCGUACAUGGCGAAGUCGCGCCAACGCAGGCCGACGAGGCGACCCGGGGCUCCUUGUCUGAAGAAGCGAUGCGGGCUUGGAGCUCGCACCCGAGCUUGGGCGACCGUUGGGUCGCUCUUGUCUCAGCGAUGCGCCAUGCGCCAGCAGCGGACCCACAGGCCGUCGCCCGCUUGCUCAGUGCAGUCGCGGAUGUGGAGGCCCAUGAAGGUCGUAGGCCCGUAGCCGCAGCAGACAUCGACCUUGUGAACGUUCUGACGGCUUUUCCGGAUUCGGUUCUGCCGCUGCCCGCGGCCGUUGCUUUGAGCGCAAGCCCUGACGGCUGCCUCACGGCGGCCGCGCAAUCGGCAUUGCUGGAAACAUUCGGGGGUGGCGCUGUGGCCGCAGCAGCGGCACAAGCUUUGGCCGAGGACAUGCGACAUGCCCUCGAUUACGCA